CAGCUUUGUUGUUUGAGCUGCUGAGAAACCUCAAAGCUUCAGAUUCCCUGAUUUCUACCUACAGUGAAUUCAUAACAUGCCGGGGACAAUGAUCAGUGGACAUGCUGUUGCUUUUCUUCUCCUGGUCCAGCUUGGCUACCACAGUGCCUUGCGCAGUCCCAGUACCUGCUGCCCUGCUCCAUGCCAGUGUUUCUCUGUGACGACCAUGAUUUGCUCUGACGAUCAAAUGAUGGUCAUACCUCUGGACAUCCCCUCACAGGUGAAGACUCUAAUUGUUGUAGCAUCUGGCAUGGGAGCAGUCACCCCAACUGGCAUGGGAGCAGUCACCCCAACUGGCAUGGGAGCAGUUACCCCAACUGGCAUGGGAGCAGAAAUUCCCCAACUGACCAAGCUUGUGCUCCUCAACAACCCGAUUCGUUCAAUUUCACCCCUUGCCUUUGAUAGCCUGGUCAGUCUGGAGGAACUGGAGAUCAGUGGGAGCCCUCUCACCAGCAUAGAAGUUGGGACCUUCCACAAGCAGGCCAACCUCACCAAACUUCUCUUGAACAACAACAAGCUAAGCUACUUAGUGGCAGGCAUGUUCGACUUCCAGCAGAAGCUGGAGAAGUUGCAAAUGAAAGGGAACUUCCUUAUGUUUCUAUCUGGCACUCUGUUCCGCAACCUCCACAACCUCCGUGAGCUUGACCUGUCCCUCAACCGCCUUGAUUCAAUAGAUGCGGACCACUUCAGUCUGCUGAGAAAGCUGAGGACGUUGGAUUUGGACUUGAACCAGAUUUCUUCUCUGUCUCCUUAUUCCUUUAGUGCUAACCCCCAGCUGAAAACACUGUCCCUGCGGGGCAACCGGAUUGCUUGGCUCCCCCAAGAAAUUUUUGCCCAGCUAAACAACUUGGAGGAACUGAAUCUCAAAGACAACAGGAUUGCAGAGCUGAGUGUUGGAGUGUUGCCCUCCUCACUGAAGAAGCUCACGCUCAGAGGGAACAGCCUGGCCCAGCUCUCCUCAAGCACAUUUGGACGCCUUGAGUAUCUGACUUACCUGGACUUGUCCCAGAACCAGCUAUCCGUUCUUCCUGCAGAGCUAUUCCAAAACCUCACCGCCUUACAGCAUCUUGACAUGUCUGAGAACCAGCUUAAAGUGCUACCCGCCACCAUCUUCAGAGGACUAUUCCUGAUCAGGGUCAUUCUUUUACAGAUAAACAAGCUAGGCUCACUAGAGGCCGAUCUAUUCAAGGAUCAGGAAAUGAUAUCUAAGCUUUAUCUAUCUGGGAACAGUCUGCAAAGCGUGCCGUAUGCCUUUUUUGACCCCUUAGACUUCCAGGGUUUGGUGCAGCUCCAUGGAAACCCCUGGCGCUGCGACUGUGGCCUGCAGUACCUCCAUGAAUGGCUGAAUUACAGCAGCAACUCUAUGGAGGAUCUGACUCAAGUUUAUUGCUCUAGUCCCGAACCUCUCAAAGGGAUGAGCCUGACCUCCCUGGACAAGGAACAGCUUGUUUGUGUAAACAGCUCCAGAUUUAACUCCACCAGACCAUCCGAUACCAUAAAAAUUACCUCCACUACUGCCACCUCUGCCACAAAACAGUGCACUCUCCAAGAUAUCAAUGGCACCAUUGCCAUUACAUGCAAGCUUAUGGAAUGUCCGGACUUCAAAAUUGAGGCACAUUUUGAGCAUCUGAAUAGGGAUUACAGUUACAUCAGCAGAAAAACAUUUCCAGAAUUCUCUCAAUGCUCAAAUGUGACUGUAACACUGACUGUUUAAUGUUUUUGUUGUUUUAAAUAGUAUAUACAGAAUUUAAGGUUGAAUUUAAGGCUCAAGCAGUGCUGCUAAAUAAAAAACUCAAACCCGAACCCAACUUGAACCAGAUCUGACAGAGAUUAUUGCAGAUACAGUUUUACUGUGCCCUACUGUGAGCUUCAGUUCGAUAGAGGUCGACAGAAAAUGAAUUAAAAAAACCAUACAGUUCUUUACAAACUGGGAUUUUGCUGUUGUUGACACUGACUUGAGCGAUGCGAGGAAGAACCUGGUGGCUACUGUGAAAUCCUUGCAUCUACAGUAAACACGUUGCUGAAGAGACAACGGGCCUCAUUCCCCAAUAUCCUCCUAAGUUUGUCCUUAAAUGUGUUCUUGAGAAAGGUCCUAAAAAAAGUCUACGUUAGCUUCAUAACGUGUUCUUAAACCGCAGAACUGUUUUCACCACUGUGCUCUUGAGUGUGCGAAGAUUCUGCUCUUACCUAAAAACAAAUCCCAGAUAAGAAAACACUGGCGAAUGUCAGGAUCUUUAUGAAAACCAUGUGAAAAAGUCGAUUUUAAGAAGGAGUUUCUUCUUAAGAAUGGUUGGUGAAUGAGGCCCAUUCUCCGGUGUCCCAGUUCUCCUGCUAUCAUAGCUCAAAAUACUAUCACAGGCUCUACAUGACAGUGUUGGGGUAAGUAGAAAAGUAAUCCAUUACAAAUUACUCAUUACUUCCCUCAAACUGUAACAGGAUUACUUUACUUGUUACUUUCUGAAAAAGGUCAUCUCAUUUCUCAUUACUGGACUUUUAUGUUACUUUGUAAAACCAGUACAAUCAGCAUCAGUUGGAAAGUACCAGGAAAGUAACCAGCAGUCGUCCUUUCAGUACCUAUAAGCAUAAACAUUGUUUAAAAGGUCAGUUUAAAAUGGUCAGUUAUCCUGAUUCAAAUUAUGAUCCACUGAUGAUGUUGGAAAGCAGCUGCCUAGAGAUGACAGCUUCAUGAAUAAAAGAGCUGUUUCUGAUUGAAGGUAUAGGAAAAUCUAUAGUCAGGUCCAUAAUUAUUUGUUACAGUGUACCAGAGCAUAUUGGAGUUAAAACUGGACUUUCAGCUUUAAUUCCAGGCUAUUUGGAUCCAAAUCAGACAGCAUUGUUUUAAUUAUGAUGACUUUCAUACAUACGCCCCCCCGCCCCUUUUUAAGGGGCUCAAAAGUAACUGUAGGAACUAAUAUUACAAAAGAAAUGAUCGAUUUUAAUGCUUGGUUGUAAAUCAUUCGCAGUCAGUGACUCUGCCUUGAAGUCUGGAACUCAGACAUUAACAGUCACUGUGCCCUCCAGCAUCUGGACGGUGCUUCUUGUUUGGGAUUUGUUCUUCAUAAGAACAAGAUCUACACACACUCAAGGGCACAAAGGUGCCAACAGUUCCAAGGUUUAAGAGCACGUCAUGAAUCUGACGUAGACUUUUUAUAAGGAUCUUUCUCAAGAACACAUUUAAGAACAAACUUGGGAAGAUAUUGGUGAAUGAGGCCCAGUGACCUGAAGCGUAUUGAGAAAGCAGUCCAAGACUUUUUGUUUUUAAGGCAAAGAAGUGGCAUGUUCUGCAAUGGCCAAGCCAAUCACCUGAUCUUAAUUCAAUGGAGCAUCCAUCUCAAUGACCGGCAAUGAGGCAAAACGGAAGGUCAAGCAUGAACUGAAGACGACUGCAGUAAAGCCCUGGCAGAGUGUCGCCAGGGAAGAAACCAAGUGUCUAGUGAUGUCUAUGAGUCCUAGACUUCAGGAAGUGAUUGACGGCAAAGGAUUUGCAACCAAGAACCUAAAAUGACCUGUGAUGAUGUUUGUUAUAUUCAUUUUGAGCUCAUACAAAUGAGGAGGGUGUGGGGGGAAUUAAGACGUGGAUGUAAAAACUCUCAAAUUAAAGCUUAAAGUCGGCA